CUGCCUGCUCUCUUCCUGGUCUCCAUCAUGGCGCAGGAUCAAGGCGAAAAGGAGAACCCGAUGCGGGAGCUGCGCAUCCGCAAGCUCUGCCUCAACAUCUGCGUGGGGGAGAGCGGCGACAGGCUGACCCGGGCGGCCAAGGUGCUGGAGCAGCUCACCGGCCAGACCCCCGUCUUCUCCAAAGCCAGAUACACCGUCAGAUCCUUUGGCAUUAGGAGAAAUGAAAAAAUUGCCGUCCAUUGCACAGUCCGUGGGGCCAAGGCAGAGGAAAUCUUGGAGAAAGGUCUGAAGGUGCGGGAGUACGAGUUACGGAAAAAUAACUUCUCCGAUACUGGAAACUUUGGGUUUGGGAUCCAGGAACACAUCGACCUGGGGAUCAAAUAUGACCCCAGCAUCGGUAUCUACGGCCUGGAC